UCUCCCUUCCAAGUUCUAAGCACUCUCAAAUGGAUUCUCUCAUUCUCACUUUUCCAAAGUUUAAGCUUCCCAGAUUUGGAGGAGAUUGGCAAUGGCAGCAGCUUGAAUCGCCUUGUCUUGGCGAACAUUUGAGCAUCGGAGUGCAACUCGGGUUCACGGGAAUCUUGUUCCUUCAGUUCGUUCAGAAAUGUAUCUUUCAGGUAUUGGAUUAUCACAGAGGAGGAAGAAAAACGGCCGAUCAAGCACCAGAAAACCGCCCGAUCGGACGGAAUUUAAGUGUUUCUUACAAAGCCAGUGUAGCUUGCUCCUUAUUCUUAUGGGCGAUCCAUGUUUUAAUGUUCUUCGCUCUGCUAAAUGGAAGUGGAUCUCGUUGUCGUUCGGAAAUCUCAGCAUUUACCUCGGAGAUUAUGCAAUUGAUCGCAUGGGGAGUUGCCGCGAUUGCGGUGAGUGGAAUCGUCCGAAACAAGUCCGUCAAGUACCCUUGGCUUCUGCGAGGAUGGUGGAUUUGCAGCUUCUUUUUAUCGAUCAUCCGUGUGGCUCUCGGUGCGAAUUUCAGAAAUGGAAAUCAAGGAAGAGCUCACGAUUAUGCCGAACUUGUAUGCUUUCUUCCAUUGAUUUUCCUGCUUGCGGUUUCAAUUUAUGGGAAGACGGGCAUAGUUUUCACUGUUCAUAAUGGCUUGGGCGAUCCACUUCUCCAUGGAAAUUUCUCUAAGCAUGAGGAAGAGAAGAGGAACUCUGCUUACGAGAGGGCAACUCUUCUCCAACUCGUUACCUUCUCAUGGCUUGAUCCCCUGUUUGCUGUGGGAUACAAGAGGCCCCUUGAACUGGAUGACAUACCAGAUGUUUGUAGAAAUGACUCUGCCAAGUUUUUAUCCCAUUCUUUCGCCGAGAGGCUAACUUUUGUGAGGAAGAAGAAUGAAGACAUAGACCCAUCAAUCAAUGAGGCAAUGUAUUUGUUUUGCAGAAAGAAAGCAGUCAUUAAUGCUUGUUUGGCUGUGUUAAGUGCUGCAGCAUCAUAUGUUGGACCGUAUCUUAUUGAUGACUUUGUAAAUUUCCUUACUGAGAAGAAAGGACGCAGCUUAUCAAGUGGAUAUCUUCUUGCACUUGCCUUUCUAAGUGCAAAGGUCAUUGAGACAACUGCUGAAAGGCAAUGGAUUUUCGGGGCACGCCAAUUAGGCCUUCACCUCAGAGCUGCCUUAAUUUCUCACAUAUACAAGAAGGGUAUACGUCUUUCUAGCCGGUCUCGCCAAAGCCGUACCAGCGGGGAGAUCAUAAACUAUAUGAGUGUUGAUAUUGAAAGGAUCACUGACUUCGUCUGGUACUUGAACAUGAUAUGGAUGUUGCCUGUACAAAUUUCAUUAGCAAUUUAUAUUUUACAUACAAAUCUGGGUUUGGGGUCGUUGGGUGCGAUAGCUGCAACUUUAAUUAUUAUGUCAUGUAACAUACCCAUGACCAAAAUUCAGAAAGAUUACCAAAAGAAGAUAAUGGAAGCUAAGGACAAUAGGAUGAAAGCCACUUCAGAAGUUCUUAGAAAUAUGAAGAUACUCAAACUUCAAGCAUGGGAUCAUCAAUACCUCCAAAAGAUAGAAAGCUUAAGGAAAGUGGAGGAUGAUUGGUUAUGGAAGUCGUCAAAAUUAUCAGCAUUUUCAGCUUUUCUCUUCUGGUCAUCACCUACCCUGAUCUCUCUUGUGACGUUUGGACUCUGUACCAUGCUGGGGAUAGAAUUGACAGCUGGAAAAGUCAUAUCUGCAUUGGCUACCUUCCAAAUGCUACAAGAUCCUAUAUUCAGUCUUCCCGAUAUACUCUCUGCAUAUACACAGGGCAAAGUCUCAGCAGAUAGAGUCACUUCGUACCUCCAGGUAGAAGAAAUACAGCAGGAUGCCAUCAUUUAUGUUUCUAAAGAUCAGACAGAAUUUGAUAUAGAGAUAGAAAAUGGAAAGUUCAGUUGGGUCUCAGAGUCAAGCAACCCAUCUCUUGAUCAAAUAAACUUGAAAGUGAAAAGGGGGAUGAAGGUGGCAAUUUGUGGGACUGUAGGAUCGGGGAAGUCCAGUCUGCUCUCAUGCAUUCUUGGUGAAAUAGAAAAGCUCUCUGGGACAGUGAAGAUCAGUGGUACAAAAGCCUAUGUUCCUCAAUCUCCUUGGAUACUGUCAGGAAACAUCAGGGAUAAUAUUCUCUUCGGAAAUGAAUACGAAAGUACCAAAUAUAACAGAACUGUUAAUGCAUGUGCUUUGACAAAAGAUUUGGAGUUGUUUCCGUGUGGUGAUUUGACUGAAAUUGGAGAAAGAGGGAUAAAUAUGAGUGGGGGACAAAAGCAGCGGAUACAAAUUGCCCGUGCAGUUUAUCAGGAUGCAGAUAUUUAUCUCCUCGAUGAUCCUUUCAGUGCUGUUGAUGCUCAUACAGGAACUCAACUCUUCGAGGACUGUCUGAUGGGUGCUCUCAAAGAGAAGACUAUAAUUUAUGUAACCCACCAAGUUGAAUUUCUACCAGCAGCAGACCUCAUUCUGGUGAUGCAAAAUGGGAAAAUUAUGGAAGUUGGUGGAUUUGAAGAACUUCUAAAACAAAAUUUUGGAUUUGAAGUUUUAGUUGGGGCACAUAGUCAAGCUCUCGAGUCAAUUAUCUCUGUUGAAAACUCAAGUAGAAUAUCUCAAGUUCCAAAUUCUGAAAAUGAAUUUGAUGGAGAUUUUAUCACAAAUGCUGAUCUUCAUAAUUCCCAAAUAAAUCAGAACAAUUCCGCACAGCAGAUGACAGGAAAGGGGGGGGAACUAGUGCAAGAGGAAGAGAGAAUGAAAGGAAGCAUUGGAAAAGAAGUGUACCUAUCUUACUUGACCACCAUAAAAGGAGGAGUCUUUGUCCCAAUCAUAGUCUUAGCACACACAUUGUUCCAAGCACUUCAGAUAGCUAGUAAUUACUGGAUGACGUGGGCUUGUCCAACUACAAGGGAGACAGAAGCAAAAGUCGGGAUGAAUAUCGUACUACUAGUAUAUUUUCUGCUUGCUAUUGGAAGUUCACUAGGGUUGCUGCUGCGAACCACGUUAUUAGCAGUAAUAGGGCUUCAAACAGCACAAAAGCUCUUCAAAGAUAUGUUAUACAGUGUACUCCAUGCACCAAUGGCAUUCUUCGACUCAACCCCAAUUGGAAGAAUUCUAAGCCGGGCAUCAUCUGAUCAAAGUAUCUUAGACUUAGCCAUGGCUGUAAAGUUAGGUUGGUGUGCGUUCAACAUAAUUCGGUUGCUAGGGACAAUUGUAGUAAUGUCUCAAGUAGCAUGGGAAGUAUUUGCCAUUUUUAUACCUGUUACUGCUGCCUGCAUCUGGUACCAACAAUAUUACACACCCACAGCACGAGAACUUGGACGGUUAGCAGGGAUUUAUGAAGCUCCAAUCCUCCACCACUCUGCAGAAUCUCUAGCAGGAGCAGCAACUAUCCGUGCCUUCAAUCAAGAAGAGCGGUUUUUCAAUACUAACCUUUGUCUUAUUGAUGGCCACUCAAAGACAUGGUUCCAUAACUCUUCAGUUAUGGAGUGGCUCGCCUUCAGAUUGAACGUGCUAUCCCAUUUUGUGUUUGCCUUUUUAUUGGUAUUGCUGGUGACUCUGCCCAGAGGAGUUAUUGACCCAAGCAAUGCGGGCUUGGCAGUAUCGUACGGGAUAAACUUGAACUCGUUACAGGCUUUAAUUAUAUGGAGUAUAUGCAGUGCACAGAAAAAAAUCAUUUCAGUAGAAAGAAUUCUUCAGUACUCGAAGAUAAAAAGUGAAGCGCCUCUUGUUAUUGAAGACUGCAGACCACCAAGCAAUUGGCCGCAAGAGGGGAGUAUUACUUUCAAGAAUUUGCAGAUCCGUUACGGGGACCAUCUCCCGGAUAUCCUGAAAAACAUCAGCUGCACCUUCCCAGGAAAGAAGAAAGUGGGUGUUGUAGGAAGAACAGGCAGUGGGAAAUCAACCCUCAUACAAGCAAUUUUUAGGAUAAUUGAACCUAGAGAAGGAAGCAUUAUGAUAGACAAUGUUGACAUUUGCAAGAUUGGCCUCCAUGACCUGAGAUCAAGGCUUGGUAUCAUCCCUCAAGACCCGUCCUUGUUCGAAGGAACAGUGCGAGGAAACCUCGACCCGCUAGAACAGUACUCUGACCAAGAAAUUUGGGAGGCUUUAGAUAAAUGCCAAUUAGGUGAAUUGGUGCGUUCGAAGGAGAUGAAGUUGAAUUCUCCAGUGGUUGAAAAUGGGGAAAAUUGGAGUGUUGGUCAACGACAGCUAUUUUGUCUCGGAAGGGCAUUGCUCAAGAAAAGCAACAUACUGGUACUCGACGAAGCCACGGCGUCUAUCGAUUCGGCUACUGAUGGCAUUAUACAGAACAUCAUUAGGCAGGAGUUCAAAGAUCGAACAGUGAUCACCAUAGCUCAUAGAAUCCACACGGUUAUUGAUAGUGACUUCGUUUUAGUCCUGAGUGAUGGAAGAAUCGCCGAGUUCGACUCGCCCGGAAAGCUACUAGAAGGAGAUGAUUCCUUGUUCUCCAAACUGAUAAAGGAGUACUCCAUCAGAUCUCAGGGCUUCAAUAGCUUGGCGAAUCAAAACCAUUGACAGAUUCUUUAAGAACAAGUAAUUGGUGGAGCAUUGAAAAAUCAGAAUCUGCAGUACCAGUAGUGUUGCGUUUUGCGCAAAAUUUUGUCUGAAGCUUAGAACUGCUUGAGGCACUUUUUCAAUAGCUUUAACGAAAUGUUGUGGUAAUGUUCCAUUCAGAACUUUUUUUUUUAUCUAUCCAUACAUCCGUGCAACAUUUGGUGCCAAAAAAUACAAAUACAUAUGAAUCAAUUUCUUAAGUACAGUACCAUUAUGAAAUUUAAACACAUUCUCAC